AUGCAGCACGCGUCGACAACGUUGGCCGCCAAGUUCAACCGUCUCCGUGGUCUCGAAAACGACGACGACGACGAUGCGCCGCAAGCCAUCGUCUCUGCGCCGACGACACAUGUCAUUGCUCCGCCUGCGGCUGGCGAGCCUGCGAACAACGGCCCUUUGGCCGAGCCGGUGGUGGCACACAGUCCUGCCGAGGAGCCAGCGGCGCCGAAGCGCGCGGGCAAGAGUCCUACCAAGACCCCUGUCGCGUCAAAGCGUUCCAGCGAGAGUUUUACCGACAAGCCUGCUGCGGCAAAGCCUGCGCGCAAGGAUUCGAUGGAGAAGCUAUACGAUAGCGAUGGCUCGGACCCAGAUGUGGCACCCUCGGCGAAUAUCACGCCGGCACCUGCACCGGACGCCCCGUUGAGCGACGUCGCGCGACUGGAAGCCCGCAUGGACUUGACGCCGGCGCUUGUCGACCGUUUUCUCAACGACCUCCAAAGCCGUACGGAGAAUGGUAUCUGCGAUGUGACCAAGCAGGUCUGCCGCAUGCUUCCAGCAUCCGUGCUGUCGUCGCUCAUGGGAUCGGGCACACCACCGCCGUUGCCGGCUGCCUACGGAGGCCUUCUGUCGGCCGAGAUCAUCGUGCUGCCUCUCUUUCUAGAGAAUCACUGGAGCGUGACCAUGGUGUUUGGUCUCCACGAUGCAACGAACUCGCCUGCGACCAUCGUCUUCUUAGACCCGAUGGACAGCUGGCACGACGAGAUCGCCGUCCGAAGCCGCGUGCGCGCUUUCCUGGUCAAGGUGCAUAAAGUGCACCGUCCGCUCGCAAAGGUCAAGCUUGCGCUCAAGGAAGACUAUCUCAAGGUGCAAUGGCAGGAUAAUCUCAACGACAGUGGUAUCUGGGUGCUCCUCAACGUGCACCUUGCGCUGUGUGCGUGCAGCGAAGCCCGCAAGAUCUACCCCACUUCGCCGUAUGCAACCUGCUUUUACAACGUGACGCUGGGCCAUUGGCUCCGCGAAGGGGUCCAAAAUGCAUUUGGUAUGACGGUUCAAGAAAAACGCCGAGCCAUGCUAGAGACGCUCCGAAGUGACUAG